AUGGUGUUAUCACAGACCUUCUGUGACAUGACCUCUGGGGGUGGCAGCUGGACCCUGGUGGCCAGCGUGCAUGAGAAUGACAUGCAUGGGAAGUGCACGGUGAGCAAUCACUGGUCUAGUCAGCAGGGCAACAAAGCAGACCACCCAGAGGGGAAUGGCAACUGGGCCAACUACACCUUUGGGUCUGCAGAGGCGGCCACAAGCAAUGACUGCAAGAUCCCUGGCUACUAUGACAUCCAGGCCAAGGACCUGGGCAUCUGGCAUGUGCCCAACAAGUCCCCCAUGCAGCACUGGAGAAACAGAGCCCUGCUGAGGUACCACACCAACACUGGCUUCUUCCAGAGCCUGGGACAUAAUCUGUUUGGCUUCUACCAGAAAUAUCCAGUGAAAUACGGAUUAGGGAAAUGUUGGAAUGACAAUGGCCCAGCCAUACCUGUGGUCUAUGACUUUGGUGAUGCUAAGAAGACUGCAUCUUAUUACACACCACAUGGUCAAUUGGAAUUUGUUGCAGGAUUUGUCCAGUUCAGGGUUUUUAAUAAUGAAAGAGCAGCCAAUGCCCCUUGUGCUGGGAUAAGAGUUACUGGCUGUAACACUGAGCCUGUGUUUUUGGGGCGAUCAGUGGCCCCUGCGUUUGCGUGCAUGUGCGCGUGCAUGCAGCUGCGUGGUGUGUAG